AUGCCUGGAAUUUUACCCAUGAAAGUGAUUAAGGUCGGAGGCACCGGAGUGCAAAGCAGGAUCGCCCAGGCCUGUGACCGAUGCCGAAGCAAAAAAAUCCGGUGCGAUGGCGUACGACCAUGCUGUACACAAUGCGCCCAUGUCGGAUUCGAAUGCAAAACGAGUGACAAGUUGAGCCGCCGCGCCUUCCCUCGAGGAUAUACCGAAUCUCUAGAGGAGAGAGUGCGGGCUCUAGAAUCAGAAGUGAAAGAUUUAAAGAAUCUGCUGGACGAGAAAGACGAGAAGAUCGACGUUUUGUCGCGGAUACACUCUUUCUCGCCAUCGCAACGCGCGGCCCCCAUUCGAUCUCCCUCCACAUCCGCAACCACGAACCCCAGCUCAGAUGAAUCGGAAGGCGUCAUUCAUGUUAAAAAAUUACCCUCUCAAUCUCCUAUUCAGUCUUCCGAUAACCCUUACACUGCGCUAUCCAGUACCCAGGGAUUUUCCGGAGUUCUCACCGAUAAUAUUACGAGCCAAGGAAAAUCAGCUACGAAACUUGCAACUAAUGAGCUGACCAAAUUGUCGCCUCCCGUGUCUCGGGGCAUGCUUAACCAACCUAUCAGGACACCACCUCGUUUGGUGUCAGACCAACUUAUCAAUAUCUUCUUCCAAGAAUGGGCGCCUUUGUACCCGGUGGUGCAUCGCCCAACCAUUUUGAAGGCUUAUGAACAGUACCUUAAUGGUUCUGACUCAUUGAAAAACGACAUUCAUAUGAUGGCUCAGUUGAAUUUGAUCUUCGGCAUCGCGGCACUUUCAUCGAGCUCAAGGACUAACCAAGAUCCUGCCUUUUUUGAGGAGAAUUGGUCCAAUCCCCUAGAUUCGUUCUCCAGUGAUACGUCAAUGAAAAGUCUACAGUGCUUCGUUCUCGCUCAAGUUUACUGCAUGACCAAAGCCGAUUAUCGCAGUUUGUUGCGCUACCGCGCUCUUGCUGUGGAUCUUUGUCACCAGCUGAGACUCAACCAGGAUAUUGCGCCAUCUAACCCGCUGGAAGGGGAGACCUGCAAGAAGGUCUUCUGGUGUCAGUAUGUGCUGGACCGAUUUUCGUCUGCUCUGACUGGAAUGCCUGUUCUCCUGCGCGAGUCUGAUAUUCAAGUCGAGUACCCUGUUGAUGUGGACGAUGAGUACGUCACCGAGACCGGCUUCUUGCCAACUCUUCCUGGCGAGUCCACCCGCCUUUCCAGUGCCCUCGCGCUCUUUGGUGUUUCCCGGAUCUUGAAUAAGGUGUUAGAAGACCUGUUCCCUUCAAAGGCUGGAUAUAACAUUUAUGUGUCCAAGAUGCGGGUUGUUACAGAGCAGUUGGAUGAAUGGCUGUCGACGUUGCCUCCUCACCUCCGCCUGGAGUUUUCCCAGGAUAAACCCAGUACAAAUGUGACUAGCAGCCGUUCGCCUCUUUUGUCUCUCGUGUACUUCUUCAUUCGUUCCCUGAUCCAUCGUCCUGCUGUGUGUUUCGCGAACGAGAACCUGCGCUCUCGCUCAAUUUUAGCAAUGUCUGAUUCUUCGAAGCAUCUCAUUCAAAUUUUGCAGCUUCUUGAUGAACGUCGACUUUGUCUCUCUUUCAGUCUUAACCGGAAGGAAUUGGUGUAUUUUGCUGGACUUGGACUCCUGUGGCAGACGACUGGCCUGAAACGCGAUAGCAAGCUGGCUAAGGAGAGCCACAAACUUCUUGCUACAGCGACACAGCAACUGGGAACAGAGUCGGCUGCUGCGGCAGCCGAGUUUGCCCAACUGGUCAAUACUCUUAUGCCUAUCGGCAAGCAGGCAAAUGAGAUGGCGGCUCCAAACAAGCCAUCUAAAUCCCCGAAGAAGCAGCUGCAGUCGCUGAAGACCCGUAUUUCAUCCAGCAUGGGUCGCGACCAAACCUCCAAGCAAGCCUCGCCUUCUCGCCGGAAUACCGUCUCCGGUGCUACUCCAGCCGGUGUCCAGUCUCUUCGCUCCCCCAGCUGGAACAGCCUGCCUCCUUCACAACCAGAUCAUUUGUCGAGCCCCCACUUCCAAAAUGGCAGACAUUCUUUGGAUCUUUCCUCGGAUCCUCAAAUGCUUUCAUCCGGAGGAUAUGAUUACACUCGAAAUAUGUCCAGCUCAACUCCUUCGGAUGCAAAUGGCGCUAUCACAAUGGCAGAUUGGGAGUAUGUCCUGAGUGAUAUGGAUCGCGGGUACUCAAACAUCUUCACUGGUAUCUAUGGUGGCAAAGAAUGUGGAGAAGACCCCGGACCGUUCGCAUCUAUCACGGCCGAGUACAGCCGAAAACCCAAUGACGGUACACUUGCGAUCCCUUCGCCGUCCGAUAUGGUCAAGCUAUCGCCCGAGUCGUGGUCUGCUAGUAGUGGCGACUUUGCGCCGCAACAGGAGCACACUGCACAGAGUGUUUUGAGUUACUCGGGUGAAAGCAUGAGUAGCGAGGACAAUCUACAGGCGUUUGCUGAAGGUCCGGGCCACCCGGAGGAUAUGAGUCUUUUUGACCCGUUUCAAGGUCUUUCGAUGCCACCAAAGGAAGACAUUGAUGAGUUGGCUCUAGUCAACGGUUGGGAUCGGCCACUGGUUGUUUGA